GGCUCUUGUUUUGGGUGCAGCGUGCAGGCUGCCUGUCCCAGCGCGUGUGCGUCGCUGCCGCGCGCUGACGCUGCUUGUGGCUGCUUUUUUAUGAUCUAUGCGACGCCCGAGCUCAGUUUGAUGCAGCCGCGAUGGCUCCGCGGGCUCGCUGCACUAAAGCCAGCAGGUGCUGUGCUGCAGCUGAGCGGCAUGCAGGCCUGCAUGGGAGCGCUAGUGCUGCGCGUUUAUGCCAGUUGAAGCAUAUAAGUGCUCUGCAUAGACUGCCCGUCGCAUUGGUGCCGGCACCGACUCGCGUUGCCGCCAGUGCUGAGCAGGCUUGCAGAGAGCAUGGCUGCACUUGCCUCCGCCGGCGACGCGUUGACGCCGGAGGAUCGCGCAGCGCUCGCCGAGCUGCGCACCCAACGCACGUUGACGUACGACACGCAAGAGCACGACUGGCGGAGUCCCGUCGUCGACGCGAUGGGCGUCGAGGCGUUACAAACGUUGGAACCGGCGACGGACGGGCGCAGCCGCGGCGGGAGCCGCGGCGCCGGCGCGCCGUGGCUGCGGAAGUGGACGACGCGGUCGCCGGAUGUACGAGAGCGCAUCCUCGCCGCGUACCUCUCGUUCCUCCAAGAGGUCGUGCUGCCGCACGUGCGGGAGGUCUGCGCGCGGCACGGCUCGACGUUAUGUGAGGAUGGCCUCGUCUUCCAGCGCGAGCCGAGCUUCCGCUGCCACGCGCCGUCGCCGAAUCCUACUGGAAGACCCCACUGCGACGCGGACUACGGCCAUUCGGAAUUUGAGCUGAACGUGUGGCUGCCUUUGGUAGAAUGCGGCGGCUCGAACUCCCUGUGGUGCGAGCCGGCGCCGGGCAUCGGCGACUACGCGCCCUUCGCGGUGAAUUAUGGAGAAGCGGUCCUGUUCUGGGGCAACCGGUGCCGCCAUUAUACAGUCGCGAACGACUCGGGCAUCACGCGCGUGUCCUUCGACUUCCGCUUUCUGUUCCGCCGGUUGUAUGAUCCGCACAUGGAGAACAUCUAUGGCGGGCCGACGGCGUUUUUGUUGGGGGGCUACUUCGACGCUAUUGGCGCGGACGGGGAGCUGGACGCGGACCUUGCGCGGCCGAAGGGGCACGGCGUCUUGUACCGGCGGGGCUAGUGUUGUGGUG